CAGACACGCAGACCCACACGCACAGCGCUAAGCCCACACAAGCGCGUGUGUAUGAGUCUUAUUACGACCGCGUAAACACCGUACUAUUAUACACGUACUGCAUACGUCGUGCGACCGGCUCUCGUGACGGUCGUGAGAGUGUGGGCCCGUGUGACGUGUGUGUGCGUGUGUGUGACGUGUGUGUGCGCGUGUGUGUGCGCAAGCUGCGCUCGUGUGAGUGUGUUCGCGUGCUUGCACCGAGUUACGAGUAUAAUAUCGCACGCGCUUAUUAUAGCUGCCGAUGUAUUCGUGCCCGAACGAUUGAUGCGAUCUGUUGUUUCCAUUGAUCUCACCGAACUGCAGCAGCGUUAAAAUGAAAAAAGAGAGGAAAAAACACUGCAAAGACAAAAGCAAGAAACAGCCCUCGGAUUCGUGUUCACCUGGUUGCAGCAGUAUGGAUUGCAUGGGCCUACAGCAAAUUCCCUCGUCGCCGCCGCCGAGUUAUGAGCACAGUUUGCAGGAGCCAGGACAAUCUUCCGAUCAAGGUGGUCAUCUGCAGCAGAUGGUCACGGAUGAUGACAUUUGCGCAGGAGGAAGUGGUCAGCAAUCGUGUAACUCUGAGAUCGAAUGUCAAAGUAAUGGCUCGCCUGUAAGACAAGAAAUAUUUCACAAGAGCAGUAAGGAGUUUUAUAAGGCGGUCGCUGCCCAGUGGGGUAUUACGUGCAAGAUGAGCGACCACUGCAGGUGUCUGGAAUGCCAGAGUCGGUACUUUGAUUGUGAGUAUGAUCAAGAGAACGAACAGGAGAAGACAGAUGGUGGUCUCGGAGCUGGUACACCGAUGUUCUUAUCAGAAGUCAUGCAUGGGUCCACUUGCACGUUAAUCUAAUGCAUAUUUUUCACACAAUAGAUUUGUUAUUUUUUUAUGAAAUACCUAAUUGUUGUGGCAAUUAUUAUGUGUACCUACUAAUGACAGCCCAACGAUACCAUAUAUAAUAUUAUAUAUUUAUAUUGUUUUGCAUAACGACAUGUUUGAAUAUAUUGCCAGGGCCUACUAUAAUUGUAUUAAGUAUUAACAAACAUUUUAAACCAGGCUAUGAAUAUUUUACCGCCAAAAACCUAUAAAGCCUGUCUUAUUUUUAAAGUUAACCUUCUUACAUGUGUUCUUAAUUUUUUUACUUUUACUAAAAACAUUUUAUUUUAUAAUAAUACCAAUUGACCUAUAUAUUUAUAUAAUAUUGUAAGUUACUAAUUAAAUCUAAACGGUUAUUACCUAUAAAACUAUAAAUCAAUUCUACAAAACAAUUAUUGACAAUGCAUUAAAAUAAUAAAUUAUUAACAACUAUUAACUUGUUUCUUGGUUUUUAUUUUCCAUUUCAAAUAAUUUUAAAAAAAAUAUCAAAAUAACAUACAUUUAUUGUUGUAGUCAGUAACAAAUCAACAUGAAUCCAAAUUUAGCCUACACAACAGUUUUAAAUCAAAUAAUUAAUUAAAUAAAUUUAUUUUAUAAUUUUUAUUUUAUAGAUCACAACACAUUCUUAUUGUAAUGAAAAGUAAAACAACCUUAAAAAAAAUGAUCUUAGUUUAAAUAAUAAGUCGUUAAUUACAUGGUAAAAAAAAACUAUUUUGGUAGAUUUAUCAUGCAGAUUCAUCCUUGUACCAAAAAAAGACAUUUUUACUAUUAUCUUAUUCAUAA